CAAGGAAAAGAGAAGAGAGGAAAAACCCAGGAAAAAGGAAAGAGAAAAAGGAAAAACAACCAAGGAAAUGGCGUGUUUGACAAAUUGUUCUGUCGAAAGAACAUCUUGAUCGGAAGGUGAGGCCGCGGAACUGCAUCUUUUAUGUUGAGACUCGCAAAAAGCUCAAGCCAGAAUCUGAUCGAUGCCGUUCCCUGCCUUCCCAUCCAUGACAAUCCCAAAACAAGCGCGUCUUCGAUAUUAGCGCCUGAUGAACCAUUUGCAUAACAUGGCAGACGCAACGCGAUUGAAUGAGGCACUCAUCCGUUCGAGACGAUGGCGGGAGUCAGUAAGCGCUGAGCAGGCCAAUCGGGAGACAAGAGGGGUCACUGUCGAGGGGUGGUGCGAGCCCCACCUGGCGGGCGGCAGUCUGCAAUCGCCCAGCCCAACCAAGCAUUUGGGGCAGCUGUCCGAUCGACCUGUUCCUUGCGGCUACGGUCUUGAUUGGCUCAGGGCUAAAGGUUCUGCGACUGGGUCCCGGAAGUCUGGAAUUGCACGGAUCGAAGCUUGCGCGACGUUUAUGUUUGCAUGUUUUGAGACCUUGUGGAAUGGUCGCGAGCUGGGUCGUUGUCUGUUGACCGGGGCUGCCAUCCCCAGCCUUACCAGGUAUCAUCUUAGGUACGGUUUCCGCUCAUGGUGGGUUCCCGCUCACCCAGCCACUUCCGACCCUGGUAAGCCUCAACAGAAUGUGGCAAUCUGGUGAGGUGGCCUAUCUCGGCGGGCCAAGCUCAUCCAGCCACAUAUGGAUGUGGCUUGCCGUUGUCAGGUGUGGCGGUGUGAGCGGAAACCUUACUCAACAUGGUACAGUACUGCAGGUGCACCUACUGCAGGUA